CCGUGCGCGUUUGUGUCCAAUGUGUGACAAGGUUACCGCGACUACGGCGUGACGUUUUAGUACCGCAACAGAGGAACGUGAGGAUUCUCGCUUCGCUUGGCGUGGUAUUUUGGAUUCGCUGCGCUACAUCGCCGUUCCUACCUGCGACGACCCGCCAGAGGUGUUAUAUAUUUUAUUUUCUCCCUGUGUUGAGCGUUUGGUUGCUCGACUGAGAGGAUUCCCGACAUGGCACGCGACGGCAGCUUCUGCGGGCUUCCGGCUUUGGCGGCGACGGUGAUCGUCCUCGGCUGUCUUGUCGGCCCAGGAGGCCCAGGAGGCACAGGAGGCCCAGGAGGCCCAGGAAGACCAGGAGCCUCAGGAAACCCAGGAGGCCACGGAGGCUACGGUGGCCACGGAGGUGCCGGGGGCCCAGGAAGCCCAGGGGGCCCAGGAGGCCCAGGAGGCGCCGGGGGCUCAGGACUCGCCGGGGGCGCAGGGGGCUACGGGGGCGCAGGAGGCUCCGGGGGCGCAGGAGGCACCGGGGCCGCAGGAGGCCCUGGAGGCCCAGGAGGCGCCGGAGGUCCAGGAAGUGGCGGAGGCCCAGGAGGCCACGGAGGCCCAGGAGGUGACGGAGGCGCCGGAAACCCAGGAGGCGCCCCAGGCCCAGGAGGCGCCGGAGGUCCCGGAAACCCCCCCGGACGUCCAGGGCGCCCCGGACGCCCAGGAGGCCUUAUGAGGGGAGGAAACAUUUAGCUGCGACACCAAAUGCGUAUCUUGCGCCCGAAUGCAAGGGGAGCUGGCGACUGGCGUGCGCUUACCUUCAAAUUUUGCGUCGCCUAGCGCUCUGCAUUCAUUGGCGAAAGGUUAAGUGCAGGUUUUUUGUUAUCGUGCAAGUUCACGGCUGCGGCAUCCGACGUGCUGUGUCUCGUCGUGACGAUAAAUGCGGAACGCUCCGCGAAGAAACGUCAAGCGAUGUUCGUUCACUCUCCGUAACACAGACUCUGAGUGUCCGAUGGAAAGCGAAAUUAGUAAGUAACAUGUUUUCUAAAUGAUAAUGUGUGGCAAUGUUGUCUUGUCUGGUAACAGUUUGAUAUGAAUACGUGGUGUCGCAUGGAAUCGCUAAUGAAUCUGUGAAAGGUUUUCACAUAUGUCUACACAUUACGGCUUCGUCUUGGCCAUAUUAUUUUGAUCCAUUGAAACAAGUUUUGCUUGGUCAAUUAUAUUGGUUGCAAUACCUUUAGAUGAAUAAAAGUGAAGUUUUCUUGUAA